GGUUCGUAGCGCGCUGUGCGUACAUUCAUACACCCGGUAAUACCGCGUCAGAUUUAACACCAUUUGAAUUAAAUCAUACGAAAUUCAAAAUUAAAAUGGUACGGUGCAUCAUAAGCUAGUCGUUUAUAUUGUAUUUCGUGUGUGCAAGUGUUGUUGUUUGCAUGAGUGUUACUGAUGAUGCGGGAGUGCGGGACGAUGGACGUGAUUCGCCGGCCAGCACUGAAAAGCUAACGAAAUGCGCAGAGACGGCGUCGAUAGGAGUGGACUGCGCUGCUGUGGGUAGCCAUCUACGCGGCGCCAUGGGCACCCGUCCCGCCGCCAGGUUCUGGCCGCAGCUCUGGGCGACCGUCGUCAGGAAUCUGCUACUCAAGAAACGAGACACUAGAAAGACUUUGGCUGAAGUUUUGGUUCCUCUAUACUCGUUGGGAGUGCUGAUCUUCUUGAAGAUGCUCGUGCCAAAUCCCAACUUCCCGGAGGUUCGAAAACCAGGUCCCUUGCUGCGCAUCCACCACGACUUCUUCCCGGAGAACCACUCCAUUGCCGUCGUCGCCGAUUGGCUGAACUCCAACGGAACUAUGGGCUUCUUGGGUGACAUCAACGAGAUGCUCGUAGAAUCCGAACAGCAUCCAAUCCACUGGAUCUUGUACAACAACACCGAAGAUCUGAACGACGCAUAUCACAGUAACACGAAGAACUUUCCCAUCGCCGUCAUAUUCCAUACGGACCCCAGCUCUUUCACUGAGCCCCUUAGAUAUACAAUAAGAACCAAUCCGUCUCGUGUCGGGACGCCUUCGACGAGAACGCUGACCACCUCGCCAGCGAAAUGCCGCGAAAGAACCGGAGUCAAAGACUGGUCCUCCGACUGGUCCAGAGGCGGUCAGCUGAUCCCCUUGUCAGAGAUGCACAGAGAAGAUACUUGCCCCGUGUUGCAGUAUUAUUAUUCUGGGUUCUUGGCUCUACAGACGCUCAUUGACUACACCAAAAUCAAGGCAGACACAAACUUCACCUCUUCAGUUCCUCCGAUGCACAUCGAUCUCAGACAGUUUCCGAAACGCCAGCACACGGGAGACUGGCUGGUGAUCUUCCGCGUGAUAAUGCCCAUGUACAUGGUCAUGACGCUGUCGCAAUUCAUCACCUAUCUGCUCAUGUUCGUCGUGGGAGAGAAGGAGAAGAAAAUAAGAGAGGGAAUGAGGAUAAUGGGACUCAAAGAUUCUGUCUAUUGGGGCUCCUGGUUUCUGAUAUACGCAGUUUUCGUCACUAUUCUCUCCAUCGUCAGCACGGUUCUGCUGUUUACUCUAAAGGUAUUCCAACAUUCAUCAUACAUCCUGAUAUUCCUACUGAUGCUGCUAUUCGGUUUCACUAUCAUCACGUUCGCAUUUAUGCUCACUCCGUUCUUCGAUAAGGCCAGGACGGCGGGUAUCCUGGGCAGUUUUGCGGUGAACCUGAUGAGCGGCCUCUACUUCAUUCAGGUGUUUGUCUCCAACGCGGACUCUCUCGCCUUCUGGUUCGUCUCACUCAUCAGCUCCAGCUGCUACGCUCUAGCUAUGGAUAAGGCCUUAGUUUUGGACAUGGCAGGCGUGGGUGUGACCUGGGAUAACCUGUGGAGUGGCCCGGGAGUUCCCUUCGGGGGGAGUCUCAUCAUGAUGGCUGUGGACACUGUGCUGUAUGCUCUGGCCGCUUACUGGCUCGAUGCCGUCAUACCUAGUGAGUACGGUAUCAAGCAGAAGCCCUGGUUCUGUCUGAUGCCGUCGUUCUGGCUGGGUAGCCGCAGGAGCAGGGUCUCCGCCGUACACUUCCAUUCCAAUGGAGACGCGGCUCAUAAUAAGGAUAUUGAACCUGUACCCAGAGAGCUCCAAGACAAAGAAGCUAUCAGGAUCGUGGGUCUACAGAAGAGUUUCCGUCACUGUCGUCGACCCGAGAUCAAGGCUAUCGACGGAAUAGACCUGAGCAUCUACGAAGGUCAGAUCACGGCCGUCCUCGGACAUAACGGGGCCGGGAAGUCCACUCUGUUCAAUAUCCUGACCGGGCUCACGGCGCCCACCGCUGGGACCGCCUACGUGUAUGGACUUGAUGUUAGGGAUCCAAACGACAUGUACGAGAUCCGUCAGAUGAUAGGCGUGUGUCCGCAACAGGACGUACUCUUCGAUCUGCUGUCCGUCAAGGAGCAUCUCCAGUUCUUCGCGGCCGUCAAGGGUAUCCCACGAGAGAGAGUUCAAGAGGAGAUUCAGAAGGCCCUUGCUGAAGUUGGACUGUUGGAGCAGGCUGGUGUGUUCGCCAAACAUCUCUCCGGAGGGCAGAAGAGAAAGCUUAGCAUAUCGAUAGCUUUCAUAGGAGAUCCGAAGAUCAUAAUCCUGGACGAGCCGACGGCGGGCGUGGACCCGGUGUCGCGGCGACAGACCUGGCGCGUCUUGCAGCGCGCGCGCCGCGGCCGCGUGUUGCUGCUGACCACGCACUUCAUGGACGAGGCCGACAUCCUCGGAGACAGGAAGGCCGUCAUCAGCAAGGGGAAGGUCCGUUGCGCCGGCACAUCGCUGUUCUUAAAGAACAAAUUCGGUAUUGGAUAUCAUCUAACUCUAGUACUGGACGGCGCGUGCCGCGAGCACCAGAUCACGCGGCUGGUGCGGGGCCACGUGCCGCGCGCGGAGAAGGCCCGGCGCCACGGCCGCGAGCUGUCCUACAUCCUGCCGCACUACGCCGUGCAUCUCUUCCCGCCGCUGUUCCUCGCCAUCGAGCACGAGAUCAAGGACAAGACCAACCGGCUCGGUAUCACUAGCUACGGUGUCUCAAUGACCACUCUAGAAGAAGUUUUCUUGAGUCUGGAGGGGGAGAACGCCGAAGAGACGGAAGCAGUGGAAGGGGUGUCCUCCGUGAAGCUGGUGCGGGCGCGGGCUUUGUCCAGGAGUCUGUCGCUACAGAGCAAAACCUUGAGUUAUCAGGAGCUGAACGACAAGGAUCCCCAGAAGACCCCGACCCCGCUCCCCCCGCCGCCGGCCUCGCACGCGCUGCACUCCACCACGCACGGCGUCGAGCACAUCAAGGUAACUCCCGAAGUUCCCAUCUCGGUGGACGCUCUCAGCGAGCUCGUGAAGACUCGGCCCUCGUGCUGGAGAACGUUCUGCGCUCUGGUCUACAUAAGGACCGUGCGGAUGAUCAGGGAUCCCUACAAGCUGUACGUCAUGAUCUUCUUGCCUAUAAUAUCCUGUGCCCUCGGUCUUUACAUGAAGUCACGACAAAUAGUCUUCUUCCGAAUGCAGCCACUGACUUUGGGCCCAGAUGCCUAUUUCAACAAGACCCCCAUAGCGCUGCAUAGCGAACAGAAUACAUUGAGAGAAGACUUCAAAGAAUCGCUAGGGAUCCUCGGAGCUCACCCUAUAGUGGACUUCGAUGGAAACUUCUCAAGUCUACUAGACAUGGAGAACUUUGGGGCGUUUAGUCUGAAGGAGAGCUUAAAUCCAUAUGGGAAGGUCAUGGCGUAUUAUAACACAACUUACACGCACAGUUUGCCGAUAAUCAUCAAUUUGCUGGACAACAGUCUCUAUAGGGCCCUAAUGUCAGCGUCGGGGCUGGAGCACCACUUCAAACCAAUAGAAGUGAUGGCCCAUCCGUUCCAGCAGACAGAGCAGCAGGAAGAGUUCAAUUUGGGCAACGUCAUCUGCGCUGUGUUCGUCGGUAUGAUCUUCGCGCUGGUACCCGUGACCCUGGCUGUCGACAUCGUCUACGACCGGGAGAUCAAAGCAAAGAAUCAACUUCGCGUCAACGGCCUCUCGAUGAGCAUGUACUUCCUCACUUACUUCACGAUACUCAUCAUCAUCAUGAUCAUCACAAGCGUCGGCGUCCUGAUUCUGGUGAUCCUGAACGACAUCCCGAGCCUGACUAACGGCUCGGCCAUCACGAUGCUGUGCGGUCUGCUGCUGCUGUACAGUCCCUCCGCCAUAUUGUUCAACACGUGCCUCUCGUACAUAUUCGACAAGAUGGACUCCGCCCAGAGCAUCAUGCCGAACAUCACGACCUGGGUCGGAGUCAUCCCGUUCAUCUUGGUCGCUGUUCUCGACACCUUUAAAUGGGGCAGCGACAUCGCGUUCUACCUUCACCUGGUGUUCAGCUUCCUGGACGUCAUGUACAUACCGUACGCCAUCAUGUACUAUGUCGACAGGGUAUACGUGACGUGCAACCUCCGGGGGGUGUGCACUACCCCUACCCUGGGCAGCUACUUCACGGCGGAGGUGUGGGUGCUGAUCGCGGCCAUGCUGCUACACGUGCCGCUCUGCGGGGCCGCACUCCUCGCCGCCGACAAGCUCAAGACUGGAGGGAUCGCGGCCUUUAGAAGUCGCAAGCGCUCCGAGACGAGAGCGGGGAGCGUGAGCGGCGCGGGGGGCGGGGCGGCGGGCGCGGGGGGCGAGGAGGCGGCGUACGGCACGGAGGGGGGCGAGGACGGUGACGUCAAGCGGGAGAGACGACGGGUCGCCAACAUACUCGCCAGCAACCAGAACAACAUGCCACCCUUACUUGUUCAUAACCUUCGGAAAGAGUACAAAGUGCGCGGUACGGAGGACGGCGGGGGCUGCUUUGGUGACAGCAAGAGUCCCACGCGGCGGUCUCGGAGGACCGGCCUGGCGAGGCUGAGCUUGGCCGUGGAGGGAGGGGAGGUGUUCGGACUCUUGGGCCAUAACGGAGCCGGUAAAACCACUACAAUGAAGAUUAUUACUGCCGAAGAGAGACCUACUUGUGGAACGGUAAUGCUUGGUAGUCAAGACAUAAGGGAUUCCCAAGCGUCAGCGUUCCGCAUGCUGGGCUACUGUCCGCAGCACGACGCGCUGUGGAAGAACGUCACCAUCCGGGAGCACAUCGAGUGCUACGCCGCCAUCCGGGGUGUCAGCAACCAGGACAUACCCCGGAUCGUGGACGCAUACCUAAACGGUCUUCAAAUAGCAGAGCACGCUGGUAAGAACGCGGAGGAAUGCUCAGGGGGAACUCGUCGUAAGCUGUCCUUCGCUUUGGCCAUGGUGGGCGCACCACGCGUGGUACUGCUAGACGAGCCCUCCACCGGGAUGGACCCGAGGAGCAAGAGAUUCCUAUGGGACACCAUUCUUGCCAGCUUCCAGGGUAAGAAAGGUGCCAUACUAACGACACAUUCCAUGGAAGAGGCUGAUGCAUUAUGUUCCAGAGUUGGGAUCAUGGUUAAGGGGAGUUUGAGGUGUAUCGGUUCAACGCAACACUUGAAGAAUCUAUACGGAGCCGGGUACACGCUGGAGAUGAAGAUAGGGCAGACUAAUCAGAAAUCAACGAUGAUGGAGGGGGACAUGUCGAUGUCGCCUUCGCCGCUGAGGUCUGCGGAGAACUCACCUUCGCUCGGAGAAGCUGAUGAAGGGGGGUCGGUGUCCGUGUCUGGGAGCGUGGAGCUCGACGGGGAGGUGGAGGUGGUGGACGCGUCCAUACACACGCCACUGGUGGCCGGCACCCCGCCCCUCGUCAGGCACCGACACCACAGGUCAGAGUCUGGCGGCGGGGCGAGCGCGGAGGCCGCCAUCGCGCUGGUGGGCGAGCUGUUCCCGGCGGCCGUGCUGGAGGAGAGCUUCGCGGAGCGGCUCGUGUUCUCCGUGCCGCAGUCCGCGGUCUCCAGCCUCGCGCGCUGCUUCCAGCAGAUCGAGGACGCUAAAGAGAAACUGAAUAUAGUCGAGUACAGCUUCAGUCAGACAACCCUCGAGCAGGUGUUCCUCAAGUUUGCGCAAUCGGAGAACGUGGAAACUCUAGACCAAGAUCACUAGCGUGUGCUGACACUGGUCCAACAUUAACUGCACAUUUCACUUGGAUCCAAAGUUUUGUUGGCUAUUGGUUCACUUAUUAUAUUUAUCAAACGUUUGCUCGAAAUGGUAUUGCUAAAGUUUCAAUAACAAAUUUAUAGGCGUUAAAAAAAACAUUUGAUAAAUUACUUUAAUAGAACUACCGAAUCAAAUCAAGGGAAUUAUCUGAUUGAAACUUUCUUUCACGUAAUCACAAACAGAUAUCGCUACAUUUUAUGUCACAGUAUAAACAAAUGACAGAUGUUUGACUACGUUUUUUUUUUAACGGCGAAAUAUAUAAUAAUUUGGUCCAAGUAAGAAGUGCAGUAGACGAAUACGCGCUCUAUGAAUAAGUGAAGAAACGUUGUAAGAUAAACGAAAAAAAAAUUAUAAUUAAAAAAAAACCCGCUUUUUACACAACCUUGACUAGUUACAUUACUAGAUUUUUUUAAAAGCUUUUUUAAUUCCCACAUGCGAGAAUAAACGCCGAGAAACAUAAUGACAAUAAUGAUUUAAAAUAUUCGUUACCAUUUUGAGUUAUUCAAAUAGGAAUUCUUAGUGUGGUCUGGAAGUCGUGGGCCUCCACUCUGGCCUUUGUUCGGAAGCACAGAUGCAGCAAAGCUUGUAGCAAGGAAAGCUACAUUCCGUAUUGAGAAGUGAGGGUCAGUCGUUUGGAGGUAACGCAGUUCACGGCACGCUGCUCUAAAAGGCUAUUUAGAUACUCCUCAAAGGAGUAAGAUCUACCUUGUAUCUCAAAUGAAUCUCAGUAUCAUCAUCACGCAGUGAAAGCCGUAUAAUGCAUAAUAAUAAUAAUAAUAAUGCAUAUAUUGAGAAGUAAUGUUGAAGAGGACAGUGAUUAGCACUAUUCCCGUACUACAAGUCUUUGGUAACUAAUCAAUUUGUAGCACUGUUCUCUUAGUGAGGCUAAAAAAUUAAUUAAUAAAUUGAUUGCUUUUAUUUUCGCAUGUGGACGUCUACCAUAGAUUACCGGUGUAAGUUAGGAUGUGAUUGUGUUUCUAAGAACGAAACCCGUAAAUGUUGUUUGACUUUGACUAGAUCCGUCCUGCUCUCACGCUGUAUUACUGCGAAGCGUGCGAGCAGGACGGAAAAUAAUGCGAUGCUACUUAUUUUGAUCGUUUUUGGAGAGAAUUGUAGAGAUAGAGUAGAUUUUCUAAAAGCUUUUUAGAACACAAUUUUUCAAACUUCCAUAAUUUUUGUACGAACUAAACUAAAGUAAUGAGUUUAAAGACUAUAAAUAUACAACGAUGAUAUAAUAAUGAGCUCACACUUGAAAGCCUAUUUCAAUUGAAAUCCAUUUAAAAAGAGUUGUGCUUGUCUGUAACACAAAACAAUAACAAUUAAUAUUACGGUGUCGAUUAUGGACCAAAAUUCCAAAAUUUAAGAGAAUAAUAAUAACUAAAUUGUAGAGAACUUCCAAUUCUACAAUUGUCUCCAAUUAGCAUUGCAACAACUGGAUUUAGUUGUUAAUUAGGCAAUGUAUAAUUCUUGCGCGUAAGUACCUUGAACCAAUAUUGUGGUCUGGUAAAUUGUAAUUUGCGUCCAGUUGCGGUUGCAAUUACAAACAAUUACCCCGCAGGACGGGCAGUAGAGAUUUCGAAGUAUUUCUUUAAGAUUUCAAAAGAUAAAACUGUGUCAGAAAAAUAAAAUUUAUAAGUGUUUGUAUGCAUCGUCAAUGUGUAGCAGUAAUAAUGCAUGGGUGUUCUAAGCAGAUUUAGUGAAACCACACGUACAGUUAAAUAUGUUUAUACAUUUAGAUGGAUAUAAGCGAAUAUCAUCUGUAUAUAUAUGUCGGAGAAGCCACAAUUAUUAACACGAUCGUCAGAUAUCGUAGGGGCGAAUACGGUGAUCGAGCUAAGAGAAAUAUUGAG